AGAGUGUUGAUCUUGCGAUCAAGAUGCCCAUUUGUACGUGCAAAGAUCGCGUUCUGGACGAGAACCACGUGUGUCAGAUGAAUCCUUCGGAUGAGCAUGAGAAUAUCGAGUGGAAUAUCGAGUAUGAUCCCGCAGUUAGGAUAUUUUACGAAAGUGUGUCGAAAGAAUAGAUCGGAGGAAUUUAUAUCACCUAACUAGCGCUCACUCGAGGAAAUGUGAAGUUACUUCAUUAAAAAAGGAAAAGUAUGAGAUAGAUACGUGUUUAUAUGUUUUAAAUUAGUACGUGCGAUUGCAGUGAGAAGGUUAAGUUAUUACGUUACGUUCGCUCUAACCAUUUUUUGAUGUAAUAACGUUAUAAUCAAUUAAUCUUACAUGGCGAGGAAGUGUGAAAAUUCUGGAAGAUUAGUUAAUACGGAGAUGUACUAUGACGCAAUAAAAUUUUUAUCUGUGGAAUACCAUAAUUUGUAAAACCAAAAAUUCAAGCGAGUUAGACAAGCAAUCGACUAAACGUAAAAUCUCUAAUGAACUUAUUAAAGACAAGAAAUAGCGAAAUAUAUUAUCUUUCACUUUGUUUCUCUUCAUAAAUCAUGGAUAUUAGAAAUAAUAUUGAACUCUUCAAAUGAAUACUUCCUAAACUUUAUAAAUCGCAAAAAUAUAAAUUGCAACAUGACGAAUUAUGAAUCACAUAAAUUGUGUUAUAUUUUAUAUUUUUGUACUACAAGGUAGGUAAUAUCUAUUUUGAUUCAAUUGUUUCAGUGAUUUUUGACUGUAAUUACAGUUUCUAACAGCCAAUUAUAUAAUGUUGAGAUGUAAAACAUUUAUUCUGAAAGGAUUUGUAUUGUAUAUUUUGCAAAAUUUAACAUGUUUAUAUAUCAAUAGUAUAUAUCAUUUUACAAGGCAUGUUUACGCGGUGAUAGGUUAUAAUCGAUACAGUAUUCGAUGUAUCGUUGAAUGCUGAUCGAAAUAUUUUAGUGCGAAGACAUUACACUUAUACAUGCGUGUUUACAUGAAUAUUAUCUAGUCUUCGCGCUUUGUUACGUGUACGUUACAAGGCUACUAUUAUAAAAAAUUAGAAAUUACGAAAUUUUAAACGCUACUACUUAUCGUGAUGAUUAUGUAUUUAUAAGGUUUAUAAAUAUAGCGAUUUGUAAGCAACACUUUACAUGCAUCAACGUACGUUGAACUACGAAAUUGUAAUGAGGAAUGUUUUCUAAAUACGAGAUUGGCAACUUUACGAUAUUUUACUCGUAAUAAAUAAGCGUGAAACUGGUAUCAAUUACAUAAAAAGUUAGAUCUUAUUUUUAGCUUGCAUGCAGUGAUUCAGUUCAAGAAGAUCCAAUUCAAACUCAAAAUGUUUACGUUCGCUCAAAUGCCAAUGCUGCUAUUCGAGAACAGAUUUUACGUGUUAAUAAAUAAUUAAAAACACGAUAUAUGAUAUAAGUAGAAUAAGUUUAGUGAUAAAUGUAAGGAAACAUGUAUACUUAUAGUAUCUCCAUAGUAUAGUAUAUCCAAGCUGAAUUAAAUGGAAUCAGUUGAGAGAAAUUCACAUUCGUUAAAUAAAUAAAUUUAAUGUUUCGUAGCUUCAUAUAUGGAGGAUUUAUAUGAUAUAGCGAUUUCAUAUUACUUGCGAUCUAAUAUAGAAUCUGUAAUAAUUCUUAUGAAAUUGGAAAUUAUUUAAAAUUUCGAAAAAUAUUACGAAUGGAUGUGCGCUUUAUAUACAACGUGAGAAUCGAAACGAAGCUUAUCAAAUUACUCUUGAUAAUAGAAUAUUCAAUAUCACAAGUCAAUGUGCUAUGAUAUAAUUGUAGAAAAUUUACGACGAUACCAAAGUCAUCAAAAUUAAUUAUAUCCUUCAAAAUUAUACUUAAUUGAUGCAUUUAUUGCAAUCAAACGCGAAGCUAAUAAUCUCAGCGCGCAAACGGAAUUCUAAUUAUGUAGAAUGUAGUUAAGGGAAUCAACAGGAAAGAGUCGCAAAAUAUAGAUCUACAGAUAGAUAAUUACAACUUACACUGCUAUCACUUAUGUAUCACUCGUGUAAAUAGCAAGUACAUAAUCGUUAAGGUCGAAGACAUUGAAAUUAGUGCAAUUCAAUAUUGUAAUAUGUUACAUAUCCAAUAUUGAUUGACUUGAUUAAAGCCCUACCCUAUCUGUGUUUAAUAGUGUAUUACUUUAUAUUGUAAUAAAUAAUAGAUGCAUCCUCAUAUACUAUAAUUGGAUUCGAGCCUGAAAAUCUCAACAAAAUUAAAUUCUAUUAUGCGUUGGCUUUACUUUUGUCUAUAGAAUUAACGUCAAUACAAAUCAAUACAUAUCGGUUAAAUUAUAUGAGGUAAAAUUCUUGUAUACGUAGUUUUACCUUUCGUUAAUCCCUUAUUUAUUUGAAUUUAAUUAUAUUUCAAUUUGUCCAAUAUGAAUAAAAUGUUAAAUAAGAAAUUUGUUUCAGUUUUGAUCUGUAAACGAAUUAAAUAUAUUAAAUAUAUACAUUUUACUCAAAUUGAUUUAAUAUUUUUAAACAGUUUUUUCAUUCAUUUAUAGGAGAUAUUUCAUCUAUACCGUUUAUAAUUUAAUUCUACGAGUCACAUAGAUGGAAAUCCGUAGAAAAUCCGUAUUCCGAUCGGUAUUCGUUCAUUGCAUAGUAAUAAUUGAAAAUCGAUAGCUCUGUAAGGAUUAUAUUGAUUUUCGGUGACGUCUUUAAUUAAAUUCUUCUAUUUCAAAGCGAAGGUUAGUUUCGAGCGUUUCUUAUUCUUUCGUAUAUGAUUUGAAGUAUUUUAAUAACAAUAAGACAUUGCGUAAGGAGUAUGUAGUUUUUAUUUUUUGAUACUUUCACUUAAAUGAUUCAGUAUUUCCAAAAAAAUUAUGAAUGAAUCUCUGUAAUCAUAAAUGAAAUGCAAUUAAUUUAAACUAUAAGGAUAAAUACUGCAAUUAUAUCUUUUUUAUUUUCGUGUUAAUAUGAACAAUAAGCUCGCAACUGACAAGAUGAAUAAGUUCUUGUAUGUAUUAGUUGGAUUAUCUUUUAUUUAGUAUUUCAAUAAAUAUACAACCGGAUCGAUAUUUAUUCAAAAGUUCAUGUUAUAAUAUAUGAUGAAAAAGGGAACAAUAAAAUUUAAAACCGGGUUACGAAAAAUGAAAAUUUAUUAAAAAUUAAAAAAUAAUAUUUUAUUUUUAUAUGUAGUUUUACCUAGAUGAAUUAUACUUUUGAAAGAUGAAAUAUAUUUGGAACAAGAGAUAUUUUACAAACGAGGUAGUUAUUUUAUCAUAUAUUAUUAUUUUAUUAUCAUAUAAAUAAAAUAAAUCUGAAACGUAGAUAUUAACACAAUGAAUAAAUUGUAUAAUAUAGGAUUAAGAAGGAACCUAAGCAGGAAGCUCUAAUCCUGUCAAGAGGUCAUUGUCAAAUUUGAUUUACGCGCCAUCCGAUUCUAAUCGACAUGUUCAUUUGAACGAUUCCACUUCCUUCCGGUUCUGGCCAUUUUCUUAGUCCGUCCACUAAAACCAUCCGUUUCUUAUUGAAAAGGUAUUAUUGUUUAUAGAAUAGACUUUAUAGAAUUAUCUAUACUAAAAAAAAGAAAAAUAUAAACAUAAGAUUUAGAAAAUAAGUGCAUCAGUAAUCGCUUUAACCACGUGUGUAUAGCGUAAAGUGACAACAGAACGAUGAAUCGCGCGUUGGAAAAUAUAGAGCCGCUGUCUAAGAACAAUUUUCAUAAAUGGAAAGCUCAGAUACAAAUGUCAUUAAUGAGAAACAACUCAUGGGAAUAUGUUUCUGGUGAAAAGAUCCGAACUACAGAAAAUGCUACAGAAUGGGAUAUAGCAGAUAGAAAGGCAAGGUCAGACAUUAUAAUAACAGUAAGUCCUGAAGCAUUGAUGAAAGUAAAUGAUUGCAAAACAUCAAAAGAGGUAUGGGAUAAAUUAAAUGAUAUAUAUUGCAUAAGUUAUUCCGCUUACAAGUCAAUGCUAAUAAAACAGUUAAUUAACUGUAAGAUGCAAGAAGAUGAGGAAAUGGAUAAUCACAUAAUAAACUUUUCUACUUUAAUUUCUAAAUUGAGAAAAAUACAUAUAUUCAUCCAAGAUGACAUUGCAUCAAUAUUGUUAUUAAAUAGUGUCUCAAACAGCUACGAAGAUUUCAAGAUUGCUGUUGAAACCGAGGAACAAUUUCCAAGCUUUGAAGACAUGAAAAUAAGACUACUCCAAGAAGAUUUGCGAAGAAUACAGAACCGGAGGUUGCAGGAGAACCAGGGUGUUGAAAACAAUACCAAUUAUAGUGGUAGUGGAAUUGGGCAUGCAACAAACGUCUGUACAUAUUCAGGAACUGUAACAAAACACACAAUACAGAUCGUCACACCUAGGAUUUCACAUCAAGUGCUUUACCAAGAAAUUAUUAAUAUCCUUAAGGAUGCAGAUUAUCGUACCUUGACUCUUAAAAGAGUAAGGGAAGUGAUUGAAGCAAAAUAUAACACAAAUCUUAAUGACAGACAAACAGAGAUAUAUUUUUUAGUCAUGCAAUAUAUAAAGGCAAAUUCAUUUAUACGAGAGAGGUUGAUAGUGCAGGAAAAUGAAAUAUUAAUUGAAGAUACAGAUGAUGAUACAGAGUCAGGAUUAGAUGAUGAAUGGUUAGACGAAGAAUAAUAAACAGUCAAGAGGAGUCUUGCGAGAAAAGCAACAAGUAAAUAUGAGAAUAGAAGCUUUUAUUUCUUUGGAUGAUAAAUUUGUUUGUUAUUUUUUCAAUGAUUGAUUCACAACAUACUUACUCGUUGCUUCUAUCUACGUAAGUGGCUUAAUCAAAAGAUGCACAAAAAGUCAGGUACUAUUAAAAAAAUGAAUUAUGUUGAUAAGAAAGAAUAAUAUCUUGCAAUUUCUUUAUUAAGCCUCCCAAAAAAUGUAUUAUGUAAAAUUACAUAAUAAAUUUAUUAUUUCUCAAGAGGCUUAAUGUUUUAACACAAAUUGUAGGAAUUUAAAAUUUAAAAGUCCCAUUUUGGUUGGUAUAAUUUGUAUUUAUGUAAAUUUUUUCAACUACAUAUAUGUUAUACAAAUAUAUAUACAAAUACAAACAUGUUUGUUGCAGUAUGACAUUGUUUUACCAUACAUAUUUAUAUAAUUCUGAUGAACUUUGUUGUCCAUGGUAUCUGUUCUAUUGAAUGUUUGCUAUAUAACAUUUUAACUUAUGGAUGUUAUCAAACGUAUGUUCAAUCGAAUGGUUAUCCAUAAGUAGGAACCAACUACAUUUGGUCAAUGUUGUAAACAAUAUAAAUGGCGCUCAUUAAAACUACUUUCAAUAUAAAAUUACACAAAAUAUUAAGAAUAUUGUAUUGGAAUUAAAAGUUAAUAUUUCAGUUUUUAAACAUUAAAAUGGGACAAUUAGCAUAUUUAAGUAAUCUCUACUGUAUUGUAUGAAUAUUUCUGCAUGUUAGCUUAAUUGAAAUAAAACAUUGAAUAAGCAUUAAUGUAAAACUAUAAGCAUACCUUACGUUAGCAAAUUUUUCACAAUAAACAUUUAUCUCAUAUAUACUUAGUUUAAUUUAAUAUAUAUUAACUAAGAAGCACAUUGUACUAAAAAAUAAAGCUGCAUCUUUGAUAAUAUUUAAAUUUCGUUGUAAUUUUUUGGAUUAAAUAAUAUACAUGAAGUGUGUGUGUGUGUGUGUGUAUAAUAUGUUAUUUAUAAUUUUAAUCUUCAACAAAGAUUAUGAACACACACACACUUAGGCGAACAAUCUGAGAAUGAAAAAAAAGGUUAAGUUUCUUUGGAGAAUAGAAUGUUAGAUAUCUCAUAGGUUCAUGUAUUAUCGCUUGUAGACAGUAUCUCGUAGAACAAUGCUGUUGAUAAUCGCACUGAAUGACACUAUGAUUGUUUUAAGGAGGUUUGUACGUUCUUGUAUUAAUCAGCAUUGUUACCUUAUAUUCGUAACACAAAAUUUAAUAUACGCAUCGCAGUAUAACAUAUGAUAUGAUGGAUGUUAUCAAACGUAUGUU